AUGGGAGGACUGAUCUCAGAAUCCCAGAGUGCUUUUAUUCCGGGAAGGCUUAUCACUGAUAACAUCUUGGUGGCGGCUGAGGUGGGGCAUUAUCUAAAUAGAAAACAAUGUGGUGUAGUGGGUUGGAGUGCAUUGAAACUGGAUAUGUCAAAGGCCUAUGACAGAAUGGAGUGGACUUUUCUGGAAAGGAUGCUGACCGUUAUGGGAUUUACUGAGAAGUGGAUAAAACUUAUUAUUAUGCUGUGUGUAACGACUGUUAAUUAUACUAUAAUGGUCAAUGGUAUGGCAGGAGGGAGCGUGAAACCAACCAGGGGUCUCAGGCAGGGGAUCCUCUCUCUCCCGAAUAUCCAGGAGGCUGGAGUUAUAAGGCAAUGCCUGGCAAGGUAUGAGAAAUUGUCAGGCCAGGUGGUGAAUUAUAAUAAAUCUAAUAUAUGCUUUAGCAGGAAUACCCAGGAGGGUGACAGGGCGCAGGUAGCGGAUUAUCUUGGGGUGGUGCAAGCACCCAAUUUUGGGAAAUAUUUGGGCCUGCCUUCCUUUGUGGGAAGGAAUAAGAGAGCUAUUUUCUGUUAUGUGGAGGAGAAGAUCAGACAGUGGAUUGGUUCGUGGAGUAAAAAGUUGCUUUCUCAGGCUGUUUGUCAGUCAAUUGAGCGAACUAUGAAUAAGUACUGGUGGGGGAAUGGAAGAGAAAGGGGAAUACAUUGGAAGGCUUGGGACAGGUUGUGCGUACCGAAAAAGUAUGGUGAUAUGGGUUUUAAAGAGCUUAGGGCUUUUAAUCUUGCUAUGCUGGGAAAACAGGCAUGA